GGGCGGGGCUUGUCUCUCCUCCGGGAUGCGGAUCGGAUCAGAUGAUCGGACUGUAGCGGACUGACAGGCGGUCAGAGAUGGAGGCGAGUCAGACUCUCUGUCAGAAGGAUCCACUGCAGCUGAUGACAUCGAAAGGUUUGAGGGAGCGCUGGCUGCUGGACGGAGCGCCCCCUGCAGGACAAGACCAGAACCACCAGACCACCAACAGGUGGGAGCUGGUCGGUCUGGACUCUGGACCUGUGUGUCAGACCCUAACACACACUACAGUAUCACCAGACUUUGCAGAGGUCAAAGUUCACAAAAGUCCUCGCAUGAACAAACCAAGAGACGCGACGGAGGAGAUCAAGAGAGCGAUGUACUCGGUGCAGAUCACAGUAGAGAGAGACAGACUGACAGGGGAAACCCGGGUCCUGUCCACUAACACCACACUUCCUGUUGACCUAUCUCACCAAGGGGUCAAAGUUUAUGAGGACAAGCAGAAAGUGGUUCAUGAGAUGAACGGUGAAGACGGCGUCCACCUGCUCAGCUCCUCUGAGGUCGAUGAGCUCAUCCACAAAGCCGAUGAAGCUUUGAUGACGUCACAGACUGACACCACGGUGACCUCGUUCCCAACGUCAGAGUUCCAGGAGGAGGCGGAGCCUGAGCUGCCUCAACCGCAGCCACCGCAGGUCUCGCUGGAGAUCACGGGGCUGGAGGCCAAACCUCACGCCGGGCCGAGCGCGGCCGAGGCCUCCGCGGAGAACCCGGUCACCAUGGUGUUCAUGGGAUACCAGAGUGUGGAGGACGAGGCCGAGACCCAGAAGGUUCUGGGGCUGCAGGGGACGGUGACGGCCACGCUGGUGAUGAUCCACGACGCCGAGGACACCACGUCACCGGGAGGAGGAGGAGGGAAGGACCAGGUUGACGGCAGAGCCCAGACAGCAGCCCCGCCCCCUCCUGCCUCCACUCCCCCGCCUCCUCCUACCUCCGAUGGCCCGCACCCUCCCCCCUCCACUGCCCCGCCUCCGACCAUCACAUCUGCAGCGGCGAUGCCGGCGGUUUUCGAGGCAGCGGAGAAGCUGGAGGGACGAGUGGUGGAGAUGAAGAAGGAGAAGCAGCCGUGUAACUGCUGCAGCAUCAUGUGAUCCUGCAGGGGGCGCUGCUUCACUAUGUAAUACAUUAAUACAACAAUAAGAACAGAGGCAGUAAACAACAUAAACUAAACCCCACCCACCGCCACAAGCUCCCACAAGCUCUGCCCCUAAUAGCAUGACAUAAUUUCCUGGUUUCUGUUAAAUAAAACAUAUUUACGUUUUUCUAUUUUCUGAAGCUUUUUUACUUUUUACUCAUCAUGUGACACUGAUGCAUCUGAUUAGCAUCAGUCUUAGCAUUAGCAUCAGUUUUAGCAUUAGCAGUCCUGAGCUCAGUACCAUCGACCUGCUCUGUUUGAACCAGUUCAGUAACUGUAUCGAAUCUGUUGCUGCUUUUAUAAAAUAAAAGUGACUCAACACGA